AUGUUUUCGCAGCGUCGGUGCUAUCUGCUCGUACUGGAUGCAUUCUGCUUCAACCUUCUCCUCUGCUCGGUGUCUGCGCUUAAUGUCGAAUAUUGCUCGUCCCUCAACACUGCAACUACCGCCAAAAACUCCAGCAUAUACCAGUCCAAUGGCCUCUGCCACGACUUCUGCCUCUCCAAUUAUGCAUUCGCAGUUCUUCAAGGCGAUGGAUGUUGGUGCUCGGAUUAUGUGCCUGGCACUACCACAACUGGAUGCGAUUCUACGUGCCCCGGCUACCCUGACGAUCUCUGCGGUGGAAAUGGACUUUACGGGUACAUUGCGUUGACAAUAGAACCAUCUGGCACAGAGGGAGCAAGCUCUGCGGCAGCAUCUUCAACAUCUGCAUCUGCUGCUACUCAGGUGACUGUCACUGCCACUCCUCAAGCUGUGACUGUUGUUGAAACUCCCACGACGUCUCCAUCUCCGUCUCCUGCAGAAAGUUCCACGAGCUUUAGCUCCUCAGUUUCUUCGACCGAAUCCUCAACUACGCCAAUCACAACAUCAUCAAAAGCACUGACAAGUAGCUCGUCGUCGUCCUCGUCCACAUGGACUGCUACGCCCGUAACUUCGCUCGAAACUGUGACUGGGCAAGUCAGAACUGUUACGGUUACUCCGACUGCGCCUCCAACAUCAGGGAGCUCGACUGGCAUUACUCAAAAUAAGAGUAGUGGGGGAUUAAGCACAGGUGGCAUUGUCGGCCUUGUUUUCGGUAUCCUGGCACUUGUGGCCUCAAUAGCCGGUAUCAUAUUCUGUUGCAUACACACUCGACGUCGUAACAAGGCCGAAGAAUACAACAACAUGAGCAGGCGGGGUAGUAGCGCUGGGCUAGGUUCUGCAGGAGAAACCGUACCUUCGCGGACAAUGAGUCAAAACUCAAGAUUUGUUCUUAAUACGGAUGGUCGGCAAGUUGUGGAGACUUGGGAACCUGGUGAUAUGCCUGGGAUUAGGACGAGCAGAUUAAUGCCUGUCGACCCUCGAUUAGAUCCUUUCGCCGCAGUCUAUCAAAGAGGAGAGAACAAGAGUCGAGAGAGCAUUAACACGAUCCGUGAUGACCAGGACUACUCCCGACGAGUAGCAGGUCCAGCACCGAUCUUACGAGCCACUAAUCCCGACGAUCUGGAUGACUAG